AUGGACCAGCUACCCUACUAUCUCGGGAUAACCAAUCUGAACCGGUCAGCCGGUCUCUAUACGGCCAGUCUCGGCUCCGUGGCCACCGUUGGUCUACUCACCCCUUUGGAUGUUGUCAAAAAUAUGAUACAGCGCGUUUCCUCACAGGGAUCACCAGACUUCAAUAACAGACGCUUACAAUACACCGCUAUGGAUGCUGGACGGCACGUUAAGAAUAUCCUGGGUACUAAAGGCCUAUGGACGGAGCGCUGCAUUACUCCUGUCAAGGCCUUCUUGUCCUUGUACGAGCAUUAUCGCCGAAAACGGUACCCGAUAGAGUGGGCAGCUGCUAAGGCCAGCAUGUGGGUCGUUCUAUUCUCCCAACCAUUGGAAUUCCUCCGAACAAGAGUACAGGCCUGGGCUGGUCACGGCACUCCAGGAUACUUCAACGCAUUCGCUACUGUUUUCUAUGAGGAUACAUUUGUCAGCUAUUGGCGGGGACUUCUAGCCACCCUCAUGAGGGAUGUGCCAUUCGCAGCUAUAUUCUGGUCGAGCUACGAGCGAGGGAAGGAGCUUCUGCUGCCUGUCCAUGUGGAGCGUCGUGGUACGGCCAAAUGGGGGACCAAAAGGGAAAAACUCGAGCUAGCUGAACGCUUUGCGAAUGCAGAGGCUACUGAGGGCAGCGCCGGUAUGUAUGGACGAGUAUGGAGUUACUCUUUCCUCAAUGCCGCUGUCUGUGGGGCGGUGGCUGCUGGCCUGACGCAUCCCUUUGAUGUUAUCAAGACUCAGUUGCAGGCUCAUCAACGCGCUACUUCUCGGAACAAUUAUCGAAUAUACAGGAUACACAAUACGUUGACAUGUGCCAAGGCGUUAUAUGGACAAUAUGGAUGGCGUGGAUUCACUCUGGGCAUAGUCCCGAGGACGGCAAGGGUGGCUCUAGCGAGCGGCCUGUUGUUCGCCACCUAUGAGCUGUGCCACGCUUUGAUUGAUGACCUAGAACUGGAGGAAUUGAGGAGAGUUCAACGACAUCGACAGUAUCGUCGUAAGGUGAGCAGUCUACCUCGUACCAACGUCAUCGACGAGGUGGUAUGA